AUGACAGACAGAGUGAGCUUCAGCACGCCCAAAGUCACGCCGCGGCCCGCCGCAGGCCCCGUGCUCCCCCCUGAGCCCAUCGACAUCAUCCGCAUCAAGGCUCGCUCGCGCAGGGUCAGGCUCAACGUGGGAGGUCUCACACAUGAAGUCCUGUGGAGAACACUGGACCGGCUGCCCAGAACCCGUCUGGGACGGCUAAGAGACUGCAACACCCACGAGUCACUGCUGGAGAUCUGUGACGACUACAGCCUCACCGAGAACGAGUACUUCUUCGACCGGCACCCGGUGGCCUUCUCCUCCAUCCUCAACUUCUACAGAACGGGGAAGCUGCACAUGAUGGAGGAGAUGUGCGCCCUGUCCUUCGGCCAGGAGCUGGACUACUGGGGCAUUGAUGAGAUCUACCUGGAGUCUUGCUGCCAGGCGCGGUACCACCAGAAGAAGGAGCAGAUGAACGAGGAGCUGAGGAGGGAGGCGGAGACGCUGAGGGACAAGGACGGAGACGAGGCGGAGCACGGCUGCUGUCCAGACAAGAGACAGAAGCUGUGGGACCUGCUGGAGAAACCCAGCUCCUCUGUGGCUGCAAAGGUCCUGGCUAUGAUCUCCAUCCUGUUCAUUGUCAUUUCCACCAUCUCGUUGUCCCUAAACACCCUGCCAGAGCUCCAGGUGGUAGAUGAAUUUGGUCAGUUCAAUGACAACCCCAGCCUAGCCCAUGUGGAAGCUGUCUGCAUCGCCUGGUUCACCAUGGAGUACAUACUGCGCCUGCUCUCAGCACCCAACAAGUGGAAUUUCAUCAAAGCCCCACUGAACAUCAUUGAUCUGCUGGCUAUCAUGCCUUACUAUGUGACACUCUGCCUAACUGAGUCAAACAAGAACGUGAUGCAGUUCCAGAAUGUGCGCCGUGUAGUCCAGAUCUUCCGAAUUAUGAGGAUCUUGAGGAUCCUGAAGCUAGCAAGACACUCAACAGGACUCCAGUCUUUAGGCUUUACUUUGAGAAGGAGCUAUAAUGAAUUGGGUCUACUGAUCCUUUUCUUAGCCAUGGGCAUUAUGAUCUUUUCCAGCUUGGUGUUCUUUGCUGAGAAGGACGAGGAUGCCACCAAAUUCACCAGUAUCCCUGCCUCCUUCUGGUGGGCUACCAUUACCAUGACCACUGUUGGUUACGGAGACAUCUACCCACAAACCCUACUGGGCAAGAUUGUAGGAGGGCUCUGCUGCAUUGCAGGUGUGUUGGUCAUUGCCCUUCCCAUCCCAAUCAUUGUGAACAACUUCUCUGAGUUCUACAGAGAGCAGAAGAGGCAGGAGAAGGCCAUCAAGAGGAGGGAAGCUCUUGAAAGAGCAAAGCGGAGUGGAAGCAUUAUUUCCAUUAACGUAAAAGAUGCUUUUGCACGCAGUAUGGAGCUCACAGAUGUGUUGGUGGAAAAGAGAGAGGACAGUAAGUGUCCUGUGGACAAUCACAUGUCCCCCAGCCGCUGGAGCUACCACAAACACUACUCCAAUGCAGAGGUGGGUAGCCCAGGCAGAUCCCAACAUUCUCAUUACCAGGAGCUGGCUCAGCUGGGCUCCCCUGACCGAGUCAAGCCUUUGUCUAACAAAACUACCCUUCAAAACCUCAAUGCAAAGCGACUAGAAGACACCUACAGCAAGACUGCAACCAUCCAGGGGCAGCAGGAAAAAAUUCUAGAGGGGCAGAUGGAGAUGAAAGCACUGACAUCAGCUCAAGCCCGACAAACCUCACCUGAAGUAAGCAUGGCCAGAAGGUCCUCUAAUGUAACCAGUGAUUUUUCAGAGGAACGAGGAGAAAGAAGCUCUCUACUCCCCAAUGCUGGAGGUAUUCAAACUGGUGUCAGGCACCAGCGCAUCCCCCCUCCCUUGGAUCUAAGCCAGAUCAGCACUAUGGAGGUGAACAAGGGCCCUGACAGCAUUCAGCCAAUGGCCAUCAUUAAAGAGGGUUUGUAUGAGUUUGUGUCCAGCCCCAGAGGGAGUGGGACUGGAGAUAGGGGUUCGGGGCCACAUAGUGUGGAAAGCUUUGGGGUGAAAUAUGACAGCAUCUGCAGCUCCAUGCAAGAUUAUGGUAGCCCUCAUAAGAAAAGAUCCCUCAAGGUUGACUUGAUUGGAACCCAGGAUGAGGUGCUUAUGGCAGUGAUGACACCUGUAGCAACCCCAGCCUCUGCUGGCUCAGCCAAGCUUGCCCAACUACUUUCUGACGACAUUGUUUCCAGGUUUUCUCCCUCUACUGGCUCUAUAAACCAGGAAGCUAAGUCUCCAUUGGCAUUGCUGUCUCCGUUGCUGGCCCAGCAAUCUGUCAGUCCAAGCAACUCCCAGGGGGGAGGUGAGGGCUCAGCAGCCAGGAGCUUAGAAGGUGAAGGGCAGCUCACAGGCUUAAGCCACCAGGGGAGGAAUCACAUGGAAAGGUCUGCUGUCGGCUCAGGCAGCAAUUCGAGCCCACUGUCGUCAAAAGCCAGCCCGCUCAACUGCACCCAGGAGCUAGUAACUAUGGAAGGAGAGGAAGAAGGAGAGGGGAGGGAGGGAGCAGAACUGAGUGGCGAGAAACGAGAAAAUCACAUUGCUCUGGACAGAAGCGCGACACCUCCCUGUGAAACAAGCAUGUGA